GAAAUAAUUCUUUCUACUUAAAUUUAAAAUUUAGUGUUUAACUCUAAAGAAAAGUUUUCAUUAUUUAACUUUUUUAUUUUAUAUUCACAUAAACUGUACUUAUUUUUGUUUAUUAAUGUAUACUGGUAGUAUAUAAUUCGUUGUUUAUAUAAGAUGUCCGAUUGGGAAAAUUGGUUUGAAAUUGCAAAACAGUGCAAAUAUUUGCCAGAAAAUGAUCUUAAGAAGUUAUGUCAAAUUGUCUGUGAUUUAUUGAUUGAAGAAGCUAAUAUUCAGCCAGUCAGUACUCCAGUUACUGUUUGCGGGGAUAUUCAUGGACAAUUUUAUGAUUUGGAAGAGCUUUUUCGUAGCGGUGGACAAGUUCCUGAUACAAACUAUGUUUUUAUGGGAGAUUUUGUAGAUCGUGGUUAUUAUAGUCUGGAAUCACUUACAAGAUUAUUAACACUUAAAGCUAAAUGGCCACAUCGAAUUACUUUACUUAGAGGAAAUCAUGAAUCAAGACAGAUUACACAAGUUUAUGGAUUCUAUGAUGAAUGUAUGAACAAAUAUGGAAAUGCAAAUGUGUGGAAGGAGUGCUGUAAAGUUUUUGAUUUGCUAUCUAUAGCUGCGUUGAUAGAUGAAGAAGUGUUUUGUGUUCAUGGUGGCUUAUCUCCUGAUAUCUCUACAUUGGAUCAAAUUCGAGUAAUUGAACGAAAUCAAGAAAUUCCUUAUAAAGGAGCAUUUUGUGAUUUAGUGUGGUCUGAUCCUGAAGAUAUUGAAAAAUGGACUGUUAGUCCACGUGGAGCUGGAUGGUUAUUUGGAUCUAAAGUUACUGAAGAAUUUAUGGAAAAGAAUCAGCUUGAGCUUAUUUGCAGAGCGCAUCAACUUGUAAAUGAAGGUUAUAAGUAUAUGUUUAAUGAAAAAUUAGUGACAGUUUGGUCAGCUCCUAAUUACUGCUAUCGUUGUGGUAAUGUAGCAUCAAUAUUAGAAUUUUCCACAGUUCAUGAACGUAAACCAAUAUUAUUUAAUGCAGUUCCUGAUGACCAACGAGUCAUUCCAGACAAAGCAGCUACACCAUAUUUCUUGUGAUAGAAAUAAACGAAAUUGCUUGUCAAAGAAUUUCAAAUUAUUUAAGAUCUUUUUUAUUAUAAUUAUAUACUUAUAUGUUGUAAUGAUUACAAUAUGUAAAAUAUGUGUGUCAAUAUUGAUUAAAAAUUAAAUUUUUUAGUUGAAGUAUUUA